UCAGAAUCCUCACUUUACUCUUAAACAAGAGCCUGGAGUUUUUCUUCUGCACAUUAAGGAAACAGGAUUCAGUGAUACUGGAGUUUACUACUGCUUAAGUGUAGCUAAACCUUUUACCAUGAAGUUUUUAAAAGGAACUUUCCUCAGUAUUAAAGAUUACGAUAUCACUGCCGUCGAUCAAGUUCCUCCAUCUAAUCCCGUCAAUCCAGGAGACCCAGUGACACUGCAGUGUUCAGUCCUGUCCGACAGCACCGAGAGCCAAACGUGUCCAGAAUAUCACAGAGUGCACUGGUUCAGAGCUGACUCCGAUGGGUCUAAUCCCAGAUUAAUUUCCACUCAUGGAGACGGCAGCCAUAAAUGUGAAAAUGGCACUGAAGCUCUCUCUCCCCCAAAAUGUGUCUCCAACUUCUGUGAGAAUGUCAACUCCUCUGAUGCUGGGAUUUACUACUGUGCCGUUUCCACAUGUGCACAGAUUUUAUUUGGACGUGGAACAAAAGUGGACAAUGAAGUUUCAGCACCGCGUGCAUCUCCAACCCUGCUCCUGUUAUGUGCUACACUGACUUUAAGUCUGAUUGUUAAUGCAUUCCUCAUUUAUUUCAUCAAGAUGAAAAGCUGUGACUGUCGCAAAGAGACCGUAGCAGUCGGCAGAAACCAGCAAACUCAGCAGAGAGACGAGAACUCUUUGGUUUAUUCUGCGCCAACCUUCACGAGGAGGAACGCUGGCAAAACAGAGAGAGGGAAUGGAAACGCAGCAGAAGAAGAGACGGUCUACAGUAAAGUCAGGGCUUCUCCAAGACAGUAAUUCAAACUAUUGAUG